GAGGGGGAGGGAUGGCGGGGAGGGCGCUCGGCGGGGACGGAGGGAGCUGAGCCCGCCUCGACCCUUCGUCGCCGAGAUGCCGCUUCCUUUCCGAAGAAGCCGCAGAGUCCAAUUCAAACAUAUAGCCCAUGGUUUGGUCCCAGCAGCUACCUUAGCACCAAGACCUGCUGUUCCACGCACACCUCCACCGCGUAGCCCUAAUCCUUCUCCUGAAAGACCUAGAUCUGCCCUUGCUGCUGCCAUUCUGGUAACAACGUUAACCGGAAGAACUGUGGCUAUUCCUCAGCCCCGACAGAGGUCACGGUCUGAAAGUGACACAACCUACUUGGAACAAGAUAGUUUAAUUGAGCCGUAUGCAACUGUAACUGAACUCAGAUUUGGAGAAAACUUGGCGAGUGGUCAGAGCAAAAGAUCUUCUCUCCCAUCUCCUGAAACAACAGGCUUUGAUGAGGAUGAAGACGUUGAAACAUACCUCUCAGAUGGCAAUGGGCAGCCUAUUUCUCCCAGCACGCAGACAGAAGUCAAAAGCUGUACAAAUGAUCCUCUUUAUGCUGUGCCCCACAAAAAAAAGGAGAAAACUGCAGGGUCUCUUGGGGUUGAUUGCAAAGAGAAUGGGAUUUCUUCUGAGGAAGAUGAGUUUCCAGGUUUACCAUCUCAACCUCAGAACACUGCAGUGAAAGCAGAAGACAUGCAUCCGGUUCUGAUUUUAGAGGAUGGAGAACUUCCAGCUGAAAAGUUACUCACUGACAAACCUCCACCAUCCCCAGAUGUUGCUGGUAGAAAGCGUCAAGAUCGGUUGCACUUAACUAAAGAUAAAUUUCAAGAAUUAAAACAAGAAAAUAGGUGCUUGGCUAGUAUAAACCAGUCCAUGGCCCUUGAACUUAAAGAACUGAAACUGCAAAUGAAGGAACUACAAACAAAAUUUAAGAAAAUAGGAAAAGAAAAUGGAAAUCCUAAAGAAACAGAAAUGAAUCCUCAUGAGGAAGGUGAGGUGGCUGAAUUGCUUUCCUUAAGACAACAAGCCCAGGAGCUGGUGGAUGAAAAUGAUAACUUGAAAAGGAUGGUCCACCGUUUGAAUGUAGAACUGAGUCGCUAUCAGACUAAAUUCCGUCAGUUGUCAGAAGAAGAGAUUGUAAAAAUUGAAGGCCUCCCAAUGGAAGGACCUCCUCCACCUUGGUUGUUGGAUAUGAAGUAUUUGUCACCAUUACUACUAGCCUACGAAGACAGAAUGAAAGAAAAAGAUGAUCUAAAUGUUACACUUGAGGAGGAAAUGAGGAUGAUUAGGAUACAAGUUGAAGAGGUCAUUAAAGAGAAUGAAGAAUUGCACAAACAGUUGAUUAAACGGAGUCCUAUUACCAGCAAGGAAUGGAGGCAACUCCAAAGCCAAGCAGAGCUAGUUUUAGAAGAAAAUGGGGUGUUGUUGAAGCAACUUGAAAUUCAUCAAGCCAAAGUGAAAGAGAUUCAACCAGAACAUGAUCAAAAAGUUUCUGAACUGACAAAACAGCUAGUACUUUUGGAAGCUAAACAACAAAGACAAGAAAAGGAGCUAACUGAAAAUCAGGAACAGUUGGAAAUGUUACAGAGCAAAUGCCAAGAGCUGAAAACUCACUUGGAUGGCAGAAUAGCACUGGAUGUUCAUACUAAAACUGUGAAUGAAUUAAAAAGCCAGUUGCACAAGGAGGAAGAAAAGCGAAAUAGUGAGAUGGAAGAUCUGAUGGGAAGGAUAACCUCACUACAAGCACACACAAAAAGUCUCCUUUUAGAGAAAAAUAACUUGGUGGCUGAAAAUAAGGUCCUAGAAGCUGAGUUGGAAAUGGCAAAGAAAACUAAUAGGCGAUCUCAGAAGAAAAUAAACCAUCUGAAACAGCAGGUGGAGAAAGCAAUGGAGAAGGAAGUAGAGGCUCACCAAUAUCUAGCAAACCUUAUUGGCCUGGCAGAGAAUAUAACACAGGAACGAGACCAUCUCAUACAGUUGGCUAAAUGCUUAGAGAGUGAGAAGCUGGGAGUUAUCAAUAAAAUCAUGGAAGGCAACAUUCGCCUAGGAAAACUGGAGGAGAAGGUCAAGGUGUAUAAAAGGAAAGCAGCUGUAAAGCUUGGAAACAUCAAUCUCCGAAUGACUGAGCAAGAGGAGGACUUUGCUGGGAAGACUGCUCAGUACCAGCGUGAAAUGAAGCAUCUCCAGUGGCUGCUGCAAGACAAGCAGCAAACCCUCGAUGAAGUGCUGCAGCAAAAAAGGGAAAUAGAAGGUGAACUUGAAGUAGUUUGGGAAUCUACCUCCAAAGAAAACAGAAGAAUGAAAGAACUCCUGCAUGCAUCCUUGCAGAAGACCGACAUGUGGAAGACGGUGAAAGUAAAUGAAUCGUGCCUAGAUGAAAUCCCUUCCAGAGACUUCAUUUUUGGACACGACGUUAGCUAUUGUGAUAUAAAACCGUCUCCAAAUAACCAUCACAGUCAGAAAGAGCCUUUGAAUUAGAAACAGCAGGAUACCAUAUGUGACACUCUGCCUUAGGGAAGAAAAAAAUAUUCCAGUGAAGCCAAAGCGAAAACCCUCUGGUCAGUUUGAUUUGGUUUGCCAGUAACUAUUGAAAAGGAAACUGCACUCCUGGCAUACCUAGAUUUUGACCACCCCACAAGAUGAACAGCUCCACUAUUUGCUGACUUAUUCCAAUGUAUGUAAACUCCAUCCCCACCAGUAAAGCCUAAGCACCACAGGCAAGUCAAUUCCUCCUCCUUCCCAUCCUUCCUUCACCCUACUUUCCUCCCACCCUCCUCUGCACCUAAGUGACUUUCCAUCCACCUAGACAGCAGCAGCUGCCCUCCUUCCAUUACCCCAGCCCCACCUCCUCUGGUAUUUUUUUUUUCUUUUCUCAAACUAAUAGUAGUGACCAGUGGCCACUGCUACAAGCAGUCCCCUACCCGCUUCCCAUUCUUAGCCUGGCUCUCUUGCCCCAACCAAAAUUCUGGGAACAGGUCAAGGGAUGAACUGGGGAAGACAGGGUCGGAGAUUGGACGAUAUAUUUUCAAACCGCUGUUGCCCCAGCAGCUGUCACUAAAUUAAAAAAAAAAAGGCUGGAGCAAUAGGAGAGGUGGGAGAACUAGGAAAACAGAAUGGGUAGGAUCUGAGUUGGGGGUACAGGAAAAGGGCAGCAAAAAAUCACUGGGACAGGAAGGGGAGGAAGGAGAGGGGGAAAGGUUACACAUCAAGCCUGGUUCUGGAACCAAAAUUAAUUGCCUGUAUGUCUGUGGCUGUGACGGCCAUGUAAGUCUAUGGGCUAGUGUACCUCACAGGAUAAACAUUAAUGAUGCAUCUGUGUUUUUGAGGAAUGGAACCCUAUGUAUUGUGGGGUCAUCUAUAUUUUAUAAGGCACAGAAGCAGUUUUCUCCCCAAGACUACCAUUUUCUUUACCUUAUAAAAUCAAUGAAAUUAAUGAGCUCAGAAAUUGAAUGAUGCUAUAAAAUUGGUUUUAUUUUUGUAUGUAAGAAACUUAAAAUAUUUAAAUAUAAAACUAUAGAGUAGUGCCGUUGAGUUUAGAGGUAGAUAUAGAUAGGCAUGGAUAACUCUGUAUAUAUGUUACUGAUAUGAAAUUGAUAUCUAUGUAUGUAUUCAUAGAUAAGUUAGGGAACCUGGAGCUCUGUUGUCCAAGCACUCUCAGCAUGUAAAUCCCAAUACUGCAAUAGCUGGGAAUUCAUUUGCAGGGAAUAAGGGACUUUGGCAUUGGAAAAUGGAUUCAAACCUUUAAUUUCAUUUCCAGUAGUUCGUUUGAUGUGUUAUCAACUAACUAUAACUAUGCAGUACUCUUAUGUAAUAAUAUUUUGGUUUUUUUAGUAUUAAGGAACAAUUUAAAAUACAAUGUUAGUAAUCAUUUUAAUGGCAGCUGCAUAGAGUUUUUUAAUGACUAAAGAUUGCUUUCCAUUUUUGGUACAAUCUUGGGAAGUCUUGUCACAUUAAGAUUUAAUAAAUUUGGUCACUUCUGCAGCA